CGUUGCAUUGAUUCACCAAGCUUGUUCAAUAUUCUUCCACAGCACUUCACCUAUGCUGUCACCAUAAAACUCACCAUCCCAUACAUCCCAUACUCUCGGCAACAGCCACUACUGCCACCAUGCGCUUGACCGCUGAGCUCAUUCAAAGUUCCCUAACAUAUAUCAAUCCACUCACAGAUCGUGAGUUGGAUCUCCGAGGUCACAAGAUCCCCACAAUUGAGAACUUGGGUAUUGCCAAAGAUCAAGAUGCGAUCGACUUCACCGAUAAUGACAUCUCCUCCCUCGGAAACUUCCCCCACUUCCCUCGCCUCCGCACCCUCCUCCUCGCCCGCAACCGUAUCAAUCACAUCCAACCGGCACUCGCAACUUCAGUGCCUAACCUGACGACUCUGGUCCUGACUGCAAACAAUGUGUCCGAACUUGCCGACCUAGAUCCGCUGCGGACCUUGGGACGGCUGACGCACUUGUCCCUCCUGCAAAACCCGGUGACACGCAAAGAGAACUACCGCUACUGGACUAUCUGGCGCAUUCCCUCCGUCCGCUUCCUUGACUUCCAGAAAGUAACCGACGCUGAGCGCGCCACGGCUAAAGAGCUCUUUGGCACCUACGAGGAACCCUCGUCCCUCGCAUCCAAGAUUCUGGGUGUCAAGUCCCGCACAUUCGACGUCUCCACCCCGGCUGAACGCAUCCCGGCCGAAAAGGGCGUCCGAGUACAACUCACCGACAAGGAGCGCAAGCGCGUCGAGAAACUGAUUCGCGAUGCGAAGAGUUUGCAGGAGAUUACCAAGUUGGAGAAGGAGCUUAACGAGGGACGGAUACCCGGUGGAGCGGAUGUCGAUGGUGAUGAGGCCAUGCAGAUGUGAGAGAUGAGAUUUGGAUCUCUCUCAUGGGUUGUGUCGCGGAUCAUGAAUAUGCAAUCACGUUUUGUUGUCUUCCUUUUCUUCUCGUCUGGAGCUUAGCUUUCUGGGUUUCUUUUCUGACCAAGCGGGGUUUAGUGUGUAUCAUAUCUGGGUAUUCAUUUAUUCAUGUGCACCUAGUUUGGGAUUGGGAAAAGAUCCCCUAUGAACUGUGGGCAUAUCGAAUCCAAAAGAUCAUUUGGUGCUCCAACAGAAAAUAUCGUGUUAGUCUAUCAGACUGCACCUGGAGUAGCAACGAGAUAUCCUAGAAAUGAUUGAGCCUAGAUGUUCGCCUGCCGGCU